AUGCAGAGCGAACAGUUUGGAUUGCAAAUAGCAUCCCUGACAAAGGAAAAUCAGAUGCUGAAAGACAGUAAUAUCCUCAAUGCUUGCAAGAUCACUGGCAUGAAAGAAUCAAUCAGGGCGCUCGAUGACAAGGUGAUGGACAACAAAACACAAAACCUAAAGCUCCGAGAUGAACUGAAAAUGUACAAGCAGCAUUGUUGCACACAGGAUAUUAAUGAGAAGGCAUUAAAAAAAAGAAAUGCUGAUAACGAUGAUGAAAUUUUGUUGCUCAAACGGGAGAUACAAAAACUAGAGGCAAGAUUGAAGGACAAUGAAAGGGCAACUGCAGAGGCCGCAAAGAGCAAGGAAAAGACAACACGUUAUCAAAACAAACUGUCCGAGGCUCGAACAGAAAUCAGUCUCGACAAGCAAGAAAACGAUAACCUACACUGCACCGUCAUGAGACAGGCUGCAGAGAUUAAGUCAAAGACCACAGAGCUCGAGAAAGCUACAUUUCAAUAUGAAUCAGAGAAGUGCAAGCUGGCCUCUUGUCAGAAUCGUCUUGAUAAACUGAGGAAAGAAAUGGAGGACUUUCGGGACAUUACUGACAAGGAUAAUCAGAAGACCAGCUGUGAUCUGAAAAAAUUGGAGUCACAAAUUGAAAAGUUACAGUUCGAAGCAUCUCAAUACGAGGAAUGGGACAUUAGACAAAAACAACAGAUCAGUGAGCUCCAAAGUGUCCUACUUGAGAAGGAAGCGGAGAUAACAAAAGAGAGACGAGAGAAUAUGCUUCUCAAAGGUAGAUGUGCAGGGGCUGAGAGUGACACCGAAGACCUGCCAAAACGUCCUUUUUGCUCAGCUGUGAGCUCAAGAAGGGAGGGCAGUUCUUCCCGUUGCCAAAUUGAGUAUCCAAAGCCUCGACAGAAGCCUCAACAGAAGCCUCAACAGAAGGAUCAACAGGACAACCAAGACAAAAUGAUGAAGGGGCAGAACGGCAUGCUGGAGCAGAUGAAAGAUCAGGAUGUGCACAAACAGUGCAGGCAAAAGAUCAAGGAACUCAAGUUAAGUGAAAACGUGUAUUCUUGUAUUGAGAGAGGGUUAACAGAAAAGCUAAAUGAAAAAACAAAGGAAAUCCGCUGCCUAAGAAUACAGCUGAAGGAGCUCCAAAGGAAGAAGCAACCAAUCAGGCCAAAAACCCUGACCAGGACGAAGCACAGAGUUCAAGCGAUCCACUAA